AUGGCACAACAAAAUGACUCCAAAGCCUCAGACCCAGAUGCUCAAUCUGUUUCCGACCCAAUGACUGUUCAAUCAGGUCUGGACAGCGCAGAUGCAGCUGCUGGGUAUGGCACUCGUUCCCGUAAUAGGAACGGCUCAUCGCGUGUCAACUAUGCUGAGGAUAGAGAUAUUGAUACCGAUGUCUAUGAUUAUUACCAGGACAAAAAAGAUAGUGACUCCAAAAAGACGUCUCGUCAGUCCAGCGCUGCUGUGAACAGCGAUGCGCCUCGUGCCGGUGCCAGCUCGCGUAAGGCUGGUGCCGACGAGUCCAAAGCUGCGCAAUCUGCAAAUGCUUCCAAGGAGCAACAACCAGGUGGCUCAAACAGUGCUUCCACGACAACACAGUCGGCGGCUGUUUCGCAGCCUACACGGAAGCGCAAGGUCGCUGGCAACUCGGCUGGUUCCACUAACCAAGCGACGUCGACUACAACCAGCAGUACAACAAAAAAAGCAACAAACCUUGGAACAGCGGCGGGCGUUUCCUGGCCCGACACCAACAUGUUGACUUUUGAAAAGUGCAAAGGACGUCCCGUUAAUGGCCAGAUGGUAGCCGACGAUGGCACGGUCUUGGGGCCGAAUGAUCAUGUGUACCUUGUCUGUGAGCCACCUGGAGAGCCCUAUUAUUUGGGCCGGAUCAUGGAAUUUCUUCAUGUCCAGAAUGACAACAGCAGACCUGUGGAAGCAAUCCGCAUAAAUUGGUACUACCGACCAAAAGAUAUUGGCCGAAAGACCCCAGACACACGCAUGGUCUUUGCGACUAUGCACUCAGACAGCAGCCCGUUGACAGCGCUUCGCGGUAAAUGUCAGAUUCAUCACAAGGCCGAGAUUCAGAAUAUGGACGUUUAUCGCAAGACACCCGACAGCUUCUGGUACGAUAAGCUGUAUGAUCGGUACAUUCAGAAGAACUACGACCUAAUUCCGACGCGUUCUAUUGUCAACGUUCCAGCCAACGUGAAAAAGGUCCUUGACGAGCGCUGGAAGUACGUGCUAGUCGAACAGGGGCGUGGCAAGGAGCUCACUAGCGCCGUUAAGCUCUGCAAGAGAUGCACAGGCUAUUGCGCAAGUCGUGCGCAGGAGCGAAAGUUGGAGGCCCGCAACACUCCUAAUGUGAAUGAUCCAACUCUCGAUGCCGACGAUGACGAUCCAAUGGACGAAGAGGAUGAGGAGAUGCAGGGCGUUGAUACUACCCGCACGAGUCCGGAAGAAGAGGACCAUGCUCCUCAUGAAGGCACCGCAGAACAGAUUUACCAGGCAUCGCUUUGGCCUUACCGUUAUUUAGGAAUGCACUGCAAGCCUGAGGAUGCACUUGAUUACGACGAUAGAAUUCAUCCUCGCGCGGCUACAAGGAUUGGACCCAGGAACCAAGCGACAGUGUUGCCGUGGCCGGGACAGCCGGUAGAGUAUGUUAAGCCACUCGAAUUCAAGAAAAAUGGCAAGAAGGACACCAAGUCAAAGGAAGCUUUGGCUGCGAUUGAAGCUGAGAAGAUCUCGCGAGGCAAGCGACCAAAGUGGGUUCAGGAUAUGCCUCCUGGCUACACGGUUCGAGGCGAGGAUUACGACGAAGACGAUCCCAACUGUACUGCGAAGCCCAUGUGGAUACCCCCCUCAGAGGACGUCAUCAAAGAGAAGGACAUUAAUGAAUACAUGGAGAAGGCUAAGGGAAUGGCCCGGGAUCUUGGACUGCCAGAACGCUCGACAAACCUCCAGGAUGUUGCUGCUGAUACAUUGUAUCAUACUGGAUUUGACACUAAACGUGCCCUCAAGGCUCUUUCCCAGAAGGACAAGGCGGAAUUCAAAGAUCCCAUUCUGACACCAGCAGAACAAAAGAAGUUUGAGGAAGGUGUCGUCAAGUAUGGCUCUGAACUCUUCCUUGUGAAAAAACAUGUGAAAUCCAUGCACUUUGGCAUGGUGACUCGCUACUACUAUGCCUGGAAAAAGUCAGAACGCGGUUUACAAGUUCUGGAGAACACGGCAGGUCGAAAAGGAAAGAAAGAGGCUAAACGGGCGGAAGCGGCCGCUAACAAGCUUGCCGACGACGUCGCGGACAACGAAGACGAUUCCGCCUUCGAUACUGAAAAGGCGAAUCAGAAGAAACGAGGAUUCGUGUGCCAGUUCUGCUCGACGACCUCAUCACGGCAGUGGAGACGGGCCCCGAAUCCCAUCCCCGGUGUCGUCAACGAUAGUGGCUCCAAGAAUUCGAACAAGGACAAAGGCCAAGACCGGGUUGUUGCGUUAUGCCGCCGAUGUGCCGAACUAUGGCGACGGUAUGCUAUUCGAUGGGAGGAUAUGGAAGAAGUGGCCAAGAAGGUGGCUCAGUCAGGUGGCCGAGCCUGGAAGCGCAAGCAAGAUGAGGAACUUCUCAAAGAACUGCAAGCCGCCAAGGAAAUGGGAAUGAUGACUCCAGAGCGUGCAUCAACUCCUUCAGCAACGCCAGCAGCUGCAGCCAGCACACAGGAACCGCCACGGAAGAAGCUCAAGGGUGCGCCUCUAGAUAAGGAUGCCGACAAUGGCCAUUCCGAUACCGCUAGCGCCGCCGGCUCUACCACGUCUAAGAAGAAGGACAAAAGCGUGGAAAGCGUUACAGUUCCUGAAAUGCCAAAGCCUCGAGUUCUGCCUUGUGCCGUCUGUGGUGAACUAGAACCCCAAGGGGAUCAGCACCUAUCAUGUCGAGAGUGUCGCCUAACAGUACACCGCAACUGCUAUGGUGUCAUGGAUCAUCGGAAUUCUGGGAAAUGGACGUGCGAUAUGUGCGUCAACGAUAAGAACCCCCAGGUCUCGAUCCGCUACAAAUGUGUUCUCUGUCCUCAUGAGCACACGGAGCAUGAUUUCGUGGAACAGCCAAAAUUGACACACCACAAAAAGAAGAUGUCAGAAAAAGACCGCGAAAGGGAGCGCUUGGAAGUCCAGCAAGCUCGAAAAGCUGCAGAAUUUUACCGCAAGAAACAAGAGGAGAUGAACCGACCAGUCAACCCUCGAGAGCCACUCAAGAGAACCGCCGAUAAUAAUUGGGUUCAUGUUACUUGCGCUGUCUGGACUCCAGAAGUGAAGUUUGGUAACGCCAAGGCAUUGCAACCGUCCGAGGGCAUCCCUUCAAUUCCCAGAACCCGAUACAACGAGGCCUGCCAAGUCUGUAACAAGACUGAAGGCGCAUGUGUAUCCUGUCACCAGUGUCGCACCCCCCUACAUGUGGAAUGUGCACGACAACAGGGACAUAUCCUUGGGUUCGAAAUUGCCCCCGUGAAGAGUUCUCGGAGAGACCAGGUCAAUAUUGUGACCGUCAAUGGAGAGAGUGGUACCAUGUCGGCAACCGUAUGGUGCAAGGAGCAUGCUCCCACCAAGACUACUAUCCAUCAUAUGCACGACACUGUCGAUGACUCGGGACUCAACGUAUUGCAACUCUACGUACAGAACUUCAAGCAAGCGGAUCUCACCCUGACAGGCACCGCUCGCAAGGCCAACCUCAUGGCAAACGCAGCGAAACUAACUAGUACUGCAACCCAGCCUGGCGGACGUAGAUCUUCGACAACCACUCUUCCUACGGGCCAGCAGCGUAACGGCGAGACAGGAGAAGCCGCCUCCGAUCCCAGACAGCCAGGCGGAAAGGUUUGCAUUACUUGUGGCAUUGACGUUAGCCCGAGGUGGUACCCGAUCGACAACUCACAAGAACGUGAACUCACCAAUGGCCAUUACGGCACCCUUGGAAGCGAGGCGCAGAAGUUCGUUGAACAGCGGCGAUUUCAAUGUCACAAAUGCCGCAAAGCCCAGCCUGCUGCGAAGGCACAUCCGCCACGACGCUCACCUAUUGUGGCCGAGGCUCCAGUGCCUCUCACUCACGAAGCAGCUAUGCCAGCCACUGCGGCACCCCCUCUACGCAGUCCGCCACAGAUGAUUGCUCAUCGUGAAUCGCAUCCUCCCUCUUAUGCAUGGCAUACUCAUGGUCAUACCCAGCCGGGACCUCCACCUAUGCAAGCGCCUGCGCUUGUCGCAGAUCAUGCGCUUGGAGCCCGGCCGCCAGCUCCUCACGCCUAUGCGGCUCCGCCACCUCACCGACCAGCAUACAGCGAUUGGGGACGGCCUGCAAGUCAACAGGGCUCGCCCCCUCGCCAUAUAAAUGGAGGACCUCCCCCUCCCCCUCCUCCUAUGCAUAACGCACCGCCGAUGUCGAACUUGUCUUCCUUGCGGCCACCACCUGUGGUUGGACCCCCACCGCCUGCACCACCACCUGCAAACCAUCACAGCGGUCAUCCACCACCCCCGUACACUAAUGGGCUGCCUCCAUCUCCUCGCCAACUCAAUGGACCAGCACCUCCAUCUAGAUACGCUCACCCGUACCAACAUCAUGGGCGCCCUGGGCCCCCCGCACAUCUACCGCCACCAACCUUGACCAACGGGGCACCACCGCCUCCUCCACCACCACCUAGAGGAGAUGGUUAUUCUCGUGAAAUGCACCCGCAAAGACCUCCGUACACCGCUCCUCAAACGAGUCCGCCUAGCUCUCGAAAUGGGCUUCCACCACCACAGAACCGCCCGGCGAGCGGAGCAAGUGCCAGCCCUUCACUGCGAAACCUCUUGUCGUAG